CUUCGUACUUCUUCAUUCAGUCAGUCUACUUAUUUCCUAAAAAUUAAGUUCUCAUUUUAUUUAAAUUAUGAUUUUAUGACUUGACUAUGAUUGCAAACAUUGAUAUAAUAUUCAGUCCAUAUUUUUGAAGAUCGCUAACUUUACAUUAAUAAAAUGACGGACAACCUGAAACAUUUGUGUAGAUUGUGUGCUGCGAAAAUUGAAACUAUUAAUAAUAAAGAUUUAAUAGAAGAAAACAAUAGUGGAUUACUUAAAAUUGUUCUAGACCUAAUGGAAGUAGAUAUUAGCGUUAAUGACCAUUUAUCUACCAAAAUAUGCCCAAUGUGUGAAGACAAAGUUCUUUCAUUCCAAUUAUUUAUAUUAGAAUGCAAGAGAGCCCAGGAAUUAAUGCAAAAAUUGUAUGUGGAUACGCUCUCAUCAUCAUUACAAGUUAAAAUAGAAGAAAAUGAUUGUGUUAAGCAAGUGAAAUCAGAAGUGAAAGAUGAAUUUACUGCUGAAGAAAUUGCAUCUGCCAUCACAAGUAAUGAUUAUCAUGACUACACUGAUGCCCCAGACAGCUAUGACAAUGCGGAAUUCCUAGAUGAAGAUAUUAUAACCAUAGCCUCCCUACAAAAAUUGCAAAAGAAACGCACCAUUAAAAUUAAAAAUGUAGCCGCAGAAGAUCUGAAUGAAACAAACUUGAGUUCUUUGAACAUUAAAAACUUUGUGAGUUUGAGCUGUAAUGUGUGUAAAGAAGAAUUUAAAAAUUGGUACCAACUGCAUGUGCACUGUGCGGAGAGCCAUGACAUCAAGCCUAUUGUGUUCUGCAUCUGUGGUCUAGAAAUUAAAUCAAAAAGUGUCCUUUAUAAGCAUGUUUCAGAACACAAAGUAGACAAAAAUUCAAAGGGGGCUGAUAGAUCUAAGUACAUUAACAUCAAAGAUACCAAUUUAGUAAGUUUUGAUUGCAAUAUUUGCCAAGAGGAGUGCUCUAGUUAUUACUCCCUGAAGUCACACAGUGUGAAGGUUCACAACUCGCUGCCCGUCAUCCAGUGCAAGUGUGGGGCGCUGCUCAAGUCCAAGACCGUGCUGUACAAACACAUUGCGGAUCAUAAAAACCCCCAUGUAUAUAGUUGUGACAAAUGCCCUAAAAUAACAAAAUCACUAUCAUCAUUGGAGAAGCACAAACGAAGACAUGUACCGAAAGAAGAAAGAACAUUCAAAUGUUCAUCUUGUGACAGAAUAUUUAACACAAAAGACGCCCUGAAAUCCCAUAUAAAAUCCCAUAUUCCUAUUGAGCAGCGAAAGCAGUAUGAAUGCGAGAUCUGCAACUUGAAGUUCACAACGCGUUCAUCCGCGUCGUCCCACCGGCGCGUGGUUCACGAGAAGUACAAGGGCUUCGUGUGCGACCUGUGCGGCUACGCGUGCGGCACCGGCGGCGAGCUGCGCCAGCACCGCGCCAUCCACAGCGACGACAAGCCCUUCGUCUGCAAUAAGUGUCCCAAGAGAUUCAAAACGUACUCUAACCUCAAGACCCACAUGGACACGCAUGAAGACACGUCGUACGUGUGCUACGUGUGCAGCCGCAUCCUCAACAGCCGGCGCACGCUCAAGAAACAUCUGUUAGUGCACGAGACCGAGUGCCGCCAUGUUUGCUCGUACUGCAAUAAGGCUUUUAAGAGGAGGCAGACUUUGAAGGUGCACCUAUCAACACACACGGGCGACAAGCCCCUAUCGUGCAAGUGGUGCGACGAGCGCUUCGCCUACGCAUCGACCCUGCGCUCGCAUCGCCUGCGCUACCAUCCCGACAAGAUGGCGGGCGGCUUAGUCCACGCACAGUACCAGCCCGGUUAUAGCGACGUCACGAGGCAGGCUAAUGACGGAAAUCUCAAAGGUGACGUGAACGGAGGCAAUUUAAUCUCGAAGGUAGAAAUAGGGGAAACUAUUAUAGGUAGAUAAAAGUGAUGAGAAGAUUUUUUAUGUAUAUAGAUUAUGGACUAGAUACUUACAUAUUACACUAAAAAUGUAAAUAAAUAAUACCUAAUCAUAAUGAAAUUAUAUAUUAUAAUGAUUAUAGUUUACAUCAUAAAUACUAAUUAACAGUUCUGUUUGUUCUCUCUCUUGUUCAGUAUUACGAGUAUUUCUAAACCAAGUUUAUCGUUAAUAUGCAUUUUAAGGGCCACUUGCACCAAAAUAUUAAAUCGAGAUUUUACACUAAAUCUAGAUUUAAUAUUUUCUUGCAAGUGGCCCUAAAUGUGACAAACAUAAUUUAAUAGUACCUAACAUCUAUUCAUGUUGUAAACCCCAGUACGCGUUGUUCUAUGACAUGUUGUGUUGAUAUCUCAUACCGAAAAUAACAGAUGUCGUCAAAUAGUUUACAAGUGUAUACAUCGUAAGUUUUACGAAAUAAAGUUAUUAGUUAUGCAAAAACACUUUAA